AAAUUCGGCGCUCAGAGCGGCGGCGCGUCACUGCGUCUGAUUCUCUGACAGCGCGCGCUCUGCAGACAAGAGUCUCGUGAAAGAGAAGACGAAUACCUGGACCGCAUAUUGCAAAGAAAGAAAGCAAGCAAUAAAGAAAGGAAGGAGGGGAAAAAAGAAAAGAAAGAAGGCAAACGAGGACUUGACAAGUUUGAGCGGUGUAUGAGGAGGUACCGAGGCGCGCGCGCUCCUCCGCCUGGGAUACCCGUGUACGGAUUAAUCUCUGAAAGUGGGAUUUGCUCUAAAAUAUAUCAUAAUUAUAAUAAUUAUUAUUACUACUACUAAUAAAAAAAUAAUACUACGCGCGCACGCUUCCCCUCCAUCGUGUGGAUUCUGAUCUAAGUUUGAAGAUGAGCUCGGGCUGCUUGUUCAGGUCUCUGCUGAUGCUCUUCCUGGCGCUCCUCUCCGCCAACGCCAGCAACUGGCUGUAUUUGGCCAAGCUGUCCUCUGUGGGGAGCAUCUCAGAUGAAGAGACCUGCGAGAAACUUCGAGGUCUCAUCCAGAGGCAGGUGCAAAUCUGCAAGCGUAAUGUGGAGGUGAUGGACGCCGUACGCCGGGGAGCUCAGCUUGCCAUCGACGAGUGCCAGUACCAGUUCCGUAACCGGCGGUGGAACUGUUCCACGUUGGACUCCAUGCCCGUGUUCGGCAAAGUGGUCACGCAAGGCACGAGGGAGGCGGCGUUUGUGUAUGCCAUCUCUGCUGCCAGCGUCGCAUACGCCGUGACCAGGGCAUGCAGCAGCGGCGAGCUGGAGAAGUGUGGCUGUGACCGCAACGUGCAUGGAGUGAGCCCUCAGGGGUUCCAGUGGUCAGGAUGCUCAGACAACAUCGCCUACGGAGUCGCCUUCUCCCAGUCCUUCGUAGACGUCAGGGAAAGAAGCAAAGGCCAGUCAUCCAACCGAGCCCUAAUGAAUCUUCAUAAUAAUGAGGCUGGGAGGAAGGCGAUUCUAAGCCACAUGCGAGUGGAUUGCAAGUGCCACGGUGUUUCAGGCUCGUGCGAGGUGAAGACUUGCUGGAAAGCCAUGCCCUCCUUCCGCAAGGUCGGCAAUGUCAUCAAGGAGAAGUUUGACGGUGCCACCGAGGUGGAGCAGCGCAAGGUGGGCACCACCAGAGCUCUGGUCCCGCGCAACUCGCAAUUCAAGCCGCAUACGGACGAAGAUUUAGUCUACCUGGACCCGAGCCCCGACUUCUGCGAGCACGACCCGAAGACGCCAGGCAUGCUGGGAACAGUGGGCCGAUACUGUAACAAGACCUCAAAAGCCAUCGAUGGGUGCGAGCUCAUGUGCUGCGGGCGGGGCUUCCACACGCAAGAGGUCGAGGUGGUGGACAGGUGCAGCUGCAAAUUCCACUGGUGCUGCUACGUCAAGUGCAAACAGUGCCGCAAGAUGGUAGAGAUGCACACCUGUCGGUGAUGCUCCCCUCCAAAAACCAUCCCCUUCGCUGAACUCCUUCUUCUUUGACUUCAAAUAGAAUAAAAGAAGAAGAAAUAAGGAAACUAGCGAGAGAGAUAUUCACCAAUUCAUCCAUUUAUGAACAUGUCAUACAUGGGACACAAAUUUAGGGGCAAACAGAGUUGUUGUUUUUUUUUCAAGUCCCACUUGAGAGUAUUUUUCUCUCCAUUUUUUUUUGUGGUUACUUUCUUAUUUUUGUAUUGUUUUCUAACUUAUUGCAAUCGGAAUGAUUUUUUUCCUUUUUAACGUAAUGUGACUAGCUCCAGCGGGAGUGGUAUUAACGUGGAAGGAGGUUCGGUUGGACUAGUGAACUUCGGGGUGGUUUUAGAAGGAGAUGACAUGAUUAAAAACCAGCCGACCACCACACCCCACCACACCCCACUAUCGAUGCUGCUUUAAUAUUUGAUAUUUGAGUGACGGAGGAAUUUCUAACAGACUGAGAUGUGGUCCAGGUGUACAUCCAUAUAAUAUUUGUCAAAAACAACAGCAUUUUAGAUAGAGGUGGCCAUUUUUAUGCUGCUUUUUUUUUUUUAAUCACUCACACGUAAUGUACAGCGUUGGUCUUUUUAUAUAAAUUUAUAUAAAUAUAUAAAUAUAUGAUAUUAAGGAGUUUCUCCUCUUUUUUGUAGGGAAACGGGAAAAAACAUUGUGUUUUUCCAAUGGGGUGUUAGUAGGCAAACGAAGGCAGGAUUAAAAGUUGUUAGUUAGUUAGAGUCGUUCGGUUGGACCAUGGACGGCUCCAGCACUUUUCAUCUCCACACGCACAUACAGCAAAAAAAAAAAAAAAAAAGGAUACAAAAUCUCCGAUCAUUCCCUCUUUCAGCAAACGUGAAACAGAAAGACUGAACUAUUUAUGAACAUAAAAAAACCUUAAUUCCACAUUUUUCUGUAGUACAACCUUGUUAAACAGCGUGCUUCUACAGGACCAUAAGACUUUCUACACUGAUGAGGACUAAACUGCAUAUGAAUGUAUGCUGAAAUAUAUGCCUUUUGAAAGAUGA